GCUACAAAAACGCCCUGCUGUGUUGAUACUCUCCUACCAGGAGUGUGUAGGGCGCUGUAUAACAGAAACCAUAAGAAGUUCACUCGACAGUGCAGGACAAAUCCAGACUUCAGUUUUAUUCAAUGUUGCCAUUCAUGUCACUUCAAUGAGAACCUAUUCACCGCUAAAGAUCGUCCAGUUGCUGCCGAUCUAUACAUGAGAGAUGCUGAGGAACUUCUCAUAAGAAAAGAAUCUUUGCAAUGCUUUGACCGACAUGGAGCAGCCUUUUGUGAAGCUUUUGCUGCAAAACAAGGCCAAUGGGCGCGUGGUGGAUUCACAUGUGAACAUGCAGUGUUUGCAUUCAGACUCUGCCGAAAGACCUGUGGAUACUGCAGCGGGCAAAUUUCCAUUUCUUUCCACUUUUUGGAACUUAUUUGCUCAAUCUUCUCUUAGCG